UCACUUUUUUUGUGGUGUCCCUCCAAACAUGAAUUCCUUUUUUCAUUAUUUAAUAUAUGAUUUGACCUCAUUCAUUUCCACCUCAUCUUUCUUUCCUUCCUUUUUCUUUCUUUCUUAAAUCCACUUCAUUACACUCUCCUUCACCUUUAUCUUUUUUUCAAAGACUCACUACAAAUUUAUCCGACCCGACAAAAAAUAAUAUCUAAAUUAAUCUCUGACACUCUUAUAUCAAGGAUAAAUUAGUCUGAGACUCGUCAUAACAACUAGACUAAUUUAUCCUCAGUGUAAAAAUAUCAUAGACUAAACCGCGAGAAAAUUGUGAGGGAUCAUUGAUUCAUUAGUCUUUUUAUAUUCUCAUAGAUUUUCAUUUGAGUCCUAAGAGAAGAACCAACCACAAAACAUUGUAGGUGUUCAUGGAAAUUGAUCUGAAUGAUUCCAUAACUGAAGUUAAGAAGAAUGUGUGUAGCAAUGGUAAAUGUGAGAAAAGUGUUUGUUGUGUUUGCACUUUAUCUUCUUCUUCAUCACCAACAUGUUCAUCUUCUAGUUCCACUUCAGCUAUUGUGUCUUCAUCUUAUCUUGAACUAUGGCAUGCUUGUGCUGGACCUUUAACAUCACUUCCAAAGAAAGGGAAUGUUGUAGUUUAUUUUCCACAAGGUCAUUUGGAACAAGUUGCAUCUUUGUCUCUCUUUUCUUCAUUGGAAAUUCCAACAUAUGGUCUUCAACCACAAAUACUUUGUAGGGUUGUCAAUGUUCAAUUACUUGCCAAUAAGGAGAAUGAUGAGGUUUACACACAGGUUGCUUUGCUUCCACAGGCAGAGUUAGCAGGGAUGUGUUUGGAUGACAAAGAGCCUGAAGGUUUGGAAGCAGAUGAUGAGGGAAAUGGAAGAUCCCCUACAAAGUUAGCUUCUCACAUGUUUUGCAAAACACUCACUGCCUCUGAUACCAGCACUCAUGGAGGGUUUUCGGUUCCACGUAGAGCUGCUGAAGAUUGUUUUCCUCCUUUGGUACAACACUAUGAGCCUGUUUGGAUUUGCUUAUUUGAGGUUAUCUACCGGCAUAAAUCCUUGAUUAUAAGCAGCAGAGGCCCUCUCAAGAGCUUGUUGCAAAAGACCUGCAUGGUGUGGGGUGGAAAUUUCGCCAUAUUUACCGAGCCAAGGAGGCAUCUGCUCACUACUGGCUGGAGUAUUUUUGUUAGCCAAAAGAAUCUUGUUUCUGGGGAUGCAGUUCUCUUUCUAAGGGGUGAAAACGGAGAGUUAAGAUUGGGAAUCAGAAGAGCUGCUCGACCGAGAAACGGUCUUCCUGAAUCAAUUAUUGGUAACCAGAGUUGUUCUCCUAGUUUCCUUUCUUCUGUGGCUAAUGCUAUCUCCGCAAAAAGCAUGUUUCAUGUUUUCUACAGUCCAAGAGCAAGUCAUGCCGAUUUCGUUGUGCCUUACCAAAAGUAUGCUAAAAGCAUCAGGAACCCAGUGACCAUAGGGACAAGAUUCAAAAUGAAAUUUGAAAUGGAUGAAUCUCCAGAAAGAAGGUGUAGUAGCGGUAUCGUGACUGGAAUGAGUGAUUUGGAUCCGUAUAAAUGGCCCAAGUCAAAAUGGAGAUGCUUGAUGGUCAGAUGGGAUGAGGAUAUUGGGGCUAAUCAUCAAGAUAGAGUCUCUCCUUGGGAGAUUGAUCCGUCUACUUCUCUCCCUCCCUUGAACAUUCAAUCUUCUCGAAGGCUGAAGAAACUGCGGACGGGUCUGCAUGUUGAAUCACCGAGUCACUUUAUCACUGCUGGAGACAGUGGGUUUAUGGACUUUGAUGAGUCUAUAAGAUCAUCCAAGGUCUUGCAAGGUCAAGAAAAAACAAGUUUUAUGUCACUAUAUUAUGGAUGUGACACAGUAACUAAGCAGAAAGAAUUUGAUAUCAAUUCUCUAAGACAUACUAAUCUUGCAUCAAAUGGAGCAAGAAAAAUUACUUCUUCUGAGUUUACGAGGAUUCAACCUUCUAGUUAUGCAGACUUCACGGAAAUGAACCGGUUUCCUAGGGUCUUGCAAGCUCAAGAAAUAUAUCCAUUGAGAUCCCUGACAGGAAAGGUUGAUCUAAACCUUAACUCUUGGGGUAAAACCAAUGUUAGUUACACAAAAUAUAACCUGCAUAAUGCAACCAAACUUAACUUUCACUCAUUAGGAUCAGAAGUUCUUCAAAAUUCCUCUUUUCCAUAUGGUGAUAUACACAAAGUUGGUCAAGGUAGCAGCAUGCUGUGCUCCAAACCAACCAAUUUCCAACUAGGGAAUGUUUCAUUUAAUACUCCUUCAUCUCAGAUAGGUGCAUUGAGAAAUGAAGUUGGACUGUCUAGUUUCAAAAUCCGAAAUGAACAGAAGCUGCAGAACGAUAUUUCGGCUGCUACUUCUCUAGAUGCAAACAUCAGGAUUUCAAAUGACGAAAAUUUCAAGGAGAUGGUAAAUCCUUGUAAACUGUUUGGAUUUUCCUUAUCGGCAGCAGCGGAAACCACCUCACAAAAUCUACAAAACUCUGCUAAAAGAAGUUGCACAAAGGUUCACAAGCAAGGUAGCUUAGUUGGAAGAGCCAUUGAUCUGUCAAGAUUGAGCAGCUACAAUGAUCUGGUGAGUGAACUAGAGAGACUAUUUGGCAUGGAAGGUCUUCUAAGAGAUCCUGACAAAGGAUGGAGAAUCCUCUACACUGACAGUGAAAAUGACAUUAUGGUUGUUGGGGAUGAUCCAUGGCAUGAGUUCUGUGAUAUGGUAUCAAAAAUCCAUAUAUAUACACAAGAAGAAGUGGAGAAGAUGACAAUUGGGAUGAUGAAUGAUGAUAACCAGAGCUGUUUGGAACAGACACCAUUGAUUAUGGAGGCUUCAAAAUCUUCCUCGGUGGGACAGCCGGAUUCUUCUACAACAGUAGUUAGAAUCUAGUUGCAUAUGUUGGCAUUGUCUCUAUGCAAUAUAAUCAAUAUUAUUUGCAUGUUUAUUGUGAUUGAUUACUAUAUUUGAGCUGUGUCAAAAAAAUGUUUACUAUUUUUAUGCUAGUUAUGAGCCCAACAAGGGAAAUAAGGCUUUGAAAUUGAGUAUUAUCAAUCAA